GUUCACUAGUAGCCGCGUACCCACGAACCAAAGAGCGAGAGUAGAGCGCAAGAUGUAAAGCUUGCUUAUUCAAGAGUUCUCGCAAAGGGUGGUCACUGACGCACAACGGGGCUGUCAGGGGACAAGCGAUGUUUCUUCGUCCAUCCAAUACUAUUAAUUAACGCAAGUCGCGCUUCCCUGUGACUGGCUUGGCUCAUAUCAUUCCACCAUGGGCGUCAAAAGUACGCGAUCCCAGUUAAGUUAAUGGCACCUUCGACGCACCCCGUAACAUUCGUGUGAAACCCUUACCAGUCAUGCAGGGGAACACCAGAACCGCAACUUUUGGACUGUCUCGACCUUGCAGGAUCGAACUCGCUUGAACGCCCGACUCAAGAAAACAUAAUCGCAAAGGGCACGAUAAAAUAAAGCCAAAUAAUAAUAAAAAAAAAGUAGAGAAAGCCAUGGGCAUAAAACACUUUCUGCUUCUUCUGAUUUAUUUGGACCCCUUGAACGUGCUGUGCACCUCAACCGCUAAGCGAACAAAGCCCGUGCCCAAAAGAAGCCAGAAGCCAAAAGAGCUGAACAAUACGUCGUCACCCCCGACAUCCACGCAGCGGAGCGCGCAGGUCCAGCUUCCCGCAGCGGGUACUCACGAGACCUGCCUGGGCUACUACGACGUGAGCGGACAGUUUGAUAAGGAGUUCGAGUGCAAUAACACCGAUCAUCGGUACUGCUGCGGCUCUUGCUUCUUGCGGUUCUGUUGCCAGUUUAAAGUCAACCGAUUAAAUCAGAGAACCUGCAAGAAUUACAACAAACCCGACUGGGUGAAGACUGUGUCCCCGUCCCCUGCUCCAACAGGUGACACGUACGAUCCGAGCAUGGAUCAAACGAACACCGCGGUCUAUAUCACCUGUGGGGUCAUAGCGUUCAUCAUAGUCGUUGGCGUCUCAACCAAAGUCGCUUAUGACAAAGCCACUCAACCACCUCAGGAAAUGAACAUUCACAGAGCCCUAGCGGAUAUUUUGAGGCAGCAGGGCCCCAUUCCCAUAUCCCAGUACAAUUGUGAAAACUUUGCGGCGAUGAACAGCUCAUCCAAAGACAACACGCCACAGAGAACAGGCUCCAAAAACCAUUACACCCCUGUUCAUGCCUCCAAAUCGAACCACGGUGGACAUUACCCGAAGGAGGGCGUCCGCGGCGGAGGUCACGACCUGCACAACUUCAUCUCGUCUGGCUUCGUGACUCUGGGGAGAGGCCAAGUGAAAGGCCCUCAUCAACACAACUAUAACCAUCUGGGACUCAGUAGCCCCACACGAACGCCCAAAACCGAGAACACGCGUAUGAGCAGCAUCCUGACGUCGCAGACGGAGCCGUACGACCUGUCCUUCUCCCGCUCAUUCCAGAGCCUCUCCCACCUGCCGCCUUCCUACGAGUCUGCCAUGAAGGCCGACCUCAACAAGUACUCCUCACUCAAGAGGCUGACGGACAAGGAUAUGGACGACUACUACAGCCGGAAGAGACACCUCCCGGACCUGGCCGCACGGGGUACGCUCCCCCUCCACAUGAUCCAGAUGAACCAGGGGUCUCCAAGCAGUCAGCAGGCCCAAUCGGCAGCACCGCAGCAGCAGGGAGCGCUGGCCCGCCAGCGGCCCCGGCGGGUGCAGAGGGCCAUGUCCCAGGACCGCGUGCUGUCGCCCGAGCGUGGCUACGCGCACGACUACCCCACGUCGCCCUACGGCCCAUCGCCGUACGGCGGCCGCAUCCUGUCCGAAGAGCAGCUGCUCUCGGCCGAGCGUCUACGCUCGCACGAGCGCCUGGUCUCGCAGGAGCGGGUGCGCUCGCACGAGAGGCACUGUUCACAGGAGCGCGUGCACUCGCACGAGCGCCUCUACUCGCACGAGCGCCUGUGCUCGCAGGACCCGCUGCUCUCGCCCGACAAGGCCCCGGGCGGCAAGCGGGCCAGUUUCCGUGGCGACCGCUCCAUGUCCAGGGCCAUAUCGCACACGGACGUGUUCGUGCCCACCACGCCGGUCAUGGACCGCUACAAGAUGACCAAAAUGCACUCACAUCCCAGUGCCUCAAACAGCAGCAGUGGAGGAGGGGGCGGGGCCGGGGGCGGAGCCGGAGGUGGGCCCGCCCCGCCCGCCCACAGCACCUUGACCAUGAACCAGACGGCCUCCAAGAGGCAGGCGUUUGCGUCCCGCCGCACGCAGACGGUGGAGCAGCUCCACUACGCAACGGCGGCCGCGCAGGCGGCACACCACCACCACUACCGCACAGGCAGCAAGACCGAAGUAACUGUUUAAUCCCAGACCUCAGCGGCUGGCCAGCCCACCGCCAGCCCCGACAGGAGACGGCCUGCCUUGAUCCAGGCACAACCUGUCCCACAGUCGCUGACCGCAACACCAGCUCAAACAUACUCUGUGCACAUAUCUGUCAUAGUUGUGCGUGUGUGUGUGUGUGUUAGAGGAUAGAGAAUGGUUUCUCCAUACAUAAGACACGCGGAGGUCCAGCAGGCCUUCACACGGAAGACCACAGAGACUGACAGCAGAUACACAGGAGGCAUGAGGGCACGUGUUGCUAGAUGGCGUGGACAUGGAAUGGAACUGUAUAACUUUAUAAAUAUAUAAAUACACAUACUGUUUGUACUUCCAGUUCUCGUCAUAGCUUUAGAAGCUCUUAAACUAAACCGAUGUUAGCACUCCUAUUUGGUGCCUCAACGGCUCAUCCAUUUCGACGAUGAAGUGGUUUCGUGGGUUAAAAAGCACAAGCGAUUAAAAGUCAAAUGACAAAUAAUUAUCUUUUUUUUGUUUGUUUGUUUUCCGUUUUGUUUGUUUAUUUGGUUGGUGAUGGCUAGCACGUACCAGUUUGUCCGUUAAUUAAUGGAAAGCUCCUUUUGCAUAGAUGACUGUAAAUAAGCUGUUUUAGCCACAGUAAAUGGACAAGUCUGUUCUGGUUGGCGUUUGUAUUACUGUGGUUUUAUUUUAGAGUUCUGAGAAUCCUAGAUGACCCACUAACCCAGUAUUGGACCAUUUUAAAUGAAUACAGUAAUGUACGUGUGUCAUUUCCGACGUGUUUGUAGGAUGAGCCCUGGGUGAAUGUUGUUGAACAAACAUGACUGCUGUUCAUCAUAUCGGGCUGUAGACUGUGCUCCAGUGAGUGACUCACCAGACAACUGAAUAUAUUACGCUUGUUGUGGUAGUUCCAAAUAAACCAUCCUUAUUUUUCUAAACAUGA